AUGGCGAUAUUCGGCAGAAAGAACCACAUGCCAGUCGAGGGCCGGACGGUUCUCAUUACCGGCGCCUCCGAGGGUAUGGGCCGCAGCGCAGCGAUCCAGCUCGCCGCCAAAGGCGCGAACGUGAUCCUUGUGUCGCGCAACAUAGGCCGUCUGGAGGAAGCCCUCGCCGAGGUCAAGGCGGCCGCUUCCUCACCGGCCACCCAGCGGUUCACCUACAUCUCGGCCGACGUCUCUGAGUUCGACUACGCCUCGACGGUCAUUGCCCAGGCCAUUGCCUGGAACGGCGGCCAGGCGCCGGACAUCGUCUGGUGCAUCGCAGGCAUGUCAACGCCCAUGCUCUGGACCGACGACGCGGCGCUAUCAGCUGCCCGCCGCAACAUGGACGUGAAUUACUUCGGCUCGGCCGAGAUGUCGCGCGCCAUCCUGCGCGAGUGGCUCGCCCCGGAGAACAGCACAGGCCCCAAGUCAGAGCCCAAGCACAUCAUCUUCACCGCCUCGGUACUCGCGCUGUUCGCCAUUGUCGGCUACGGCCCGUACUCGCCCUCGAAAUGGGCGCUGAGGGGUCUUGCCGACACGUUGGCCAUGGAGCUGAAUCUGUAUCCGGAUAAUCCGGUCAAGGUGCAUGUCGUCUACCCGGCCACCAUCACAAGUCCUGGAUUGGAGAGAGAGAACCAGACUAAGCCCGGCAUUACGCUUGAGCUGGAGAAAGAUGAGCCGCCUGAGACGCCGGACACGGUGGCGAGGCGGGCGAUUGCGGGUUUAGAGAAGGGAGAGUACUUUGUUGCCGUGUCUUUUUUGGGGACUUUGAUGCGAUGUGGUGUGAUGGGUGGGUCACCGAGGAACAGCUGGGUAUUUGAUACGCUUCUAGGGUGGAAUACUCGGGUACUUCAGGAGCGCGCUUUUCCCUGGCUCGUAGUAAAGGUUUCUGUCCGCGUUGUCGCCCCCUUCGCGGACCAUCAAUACGACCCGUCAAAUCUCAGAAGCAGUCCGGGCCAGAAGCAUACGCAAGCUGACGACAGCUGCGCAUUCUCAGCGAUCCUGACACUAGCAUUAGCCGCGCCUGGGAGCAUCUGGAAUACUGGAUUCCGGUUGCCUGGCUCGAGCAUGAAACCGUCGGCCAUCCGGUCGCAACGCAAUAAGGUGACCAAGCCAACCCCUCCGGCACGCGGCCGCGUCCCGCGCCAGGUGGCGGGACAACUGGCUGCGCACGAAGCCCACGCACACGCGCAAGCGCUGGGCGGCGACUUAAAGGCAGACCCCGGCUCCGUCUUCGACGAAGCGGCGAUGGGUGCCCAGGACUAUGCGGCAGCCGCCGCCGCCGCCGCUGCCAUGGAGACGGACCUCAACGAGGAUGCUCAUGGCGAAGCCGAGGUCGAGGCCAACAUGGAAGACGACGACGGCCCCGGCGGCACGUCCGGCCUAGCGCCGCAUGUUGAUCUCGCAGCUGCCAACAUGAUCGCCAACGGCAACGGCGCCGGGAGCGCCAUGUCUCAGCCCGUCCAGGAGCAGCUGCACGAGAUGCAGCAGAGCCUGGCACAUGCCCACCACGCCCAGCAUGCUCAUCAGCAGCAGCAUCACCCGCACCAGCACCCGCACCAGCACCAGCAUCAGCCGCCGGCGCAAAUGGGCAACGCGCAGCAGAUGCAGCCGGGACACCAUGCCCUGGACCCGUCAAUGGUGAAGACGACAGAGGAGCUCGCAAGGGAAUCUGGGUACGGCGAGCUCAACGUCGAGAGCGCUCUGGCCAAGAGACUCGCCCGUGAACCAGGCCAGCGCCUCGCCCAACAGCGUAGGCCAGAGCAGGUUCUCAACCUAGCGCGACGCAGUAACGUGGAGGCCUUGUUUGCCCAUAUCGCUGGAGUGCCGGCGCAGGUUCCAUGCAAGAACUGCCACAAGGGUCACGGCCCUUGGACCAGUUGCAUCGUCGUCGACGGCCAGAUGUGCGGCAGCUGCGCCAACUGCUGGUUCAACGCGAGCGGAGCGAGAUGCAGCUUUCAUGAGACCCGUAAUCCUCAGGUUGUCACUCAGCACCCGGCAAUCCUGCCGGCCAGUGGUGCCGGUCUUGCGAGCGACCCUGCCUACCGCUUCGCCGCUACUACGCACCCUCUCCUCCAGUCCCAUGGCGCCGCUAUGGGAGGCGUCAGCCAUCCCGGGGCAUUGUUGACUAGCAAUCCAAUGCUGCAACAGAUGGUGAAUAGAGCCAUGGGCGAGGUCCGCAAUGCUGACAAGGCUACGCGCCAACUUAUGUUGAUCGAUAUCACCGCGAAGCAGCUGGCCCUGCAAAUCGCCGACUACGAAGAAAUGGUCGCCAGUCAGGAUACCGCGGGGGGUCAUGUUCCGGGCCAGCAGGUCAUGGGCGAUGAUGCCGGAGCUUAG